UCUAGGUAUUUGCUCCAUUGCUUACGCAAACAUAGGUGGAUUUAGGCAGAGACCACACCAUCCUGAAGACUAGCCCAUAGGGAUAUACACUAAAUAGUCACACACACCUGAAGCCGAAAUCCUGAAAACGCACCAGCUACUGCAUGAAGCUAUCCUUAUCAGGACUGAAGGCUGUUUUGGCAUGUAUAUUGUUCAUAUUUCACAACUCUAAACCAUGUUGGGAAAAAAGCUGGUGACUGCACAGAAGCGAGGGGAGACAAGAGCCCUAUGCCUGGGACUGGGAAUGGUUACAUGCUCUGUGAUGAUGUACUUUUUGAUUGCGAUUACCAUUGUACCAUUCUACACUAGAAGCGUUUGGACAGCACAAACUAUAUGCAAGGUACUUAAAACCAACAUCAAGGACAAAGUUCUCUGCCCAAACAGCAAAGGCUCAGAGGAUGAGGAUAUCUUCCCUUAUCCCUGUCUACAGGUGUGGGUUAAUCUGACAGCCUCAGGAGAGGAGGUUAUGCUGUAUCACACUGAAGAUACACUGGAAAGAAAUCCUAAGUGCUCGUACAUCCCAGGCAAGAUGGAGAACUCUAAAGUUAAAGCACAAAUAGAAGAAAUUGCAACCAAUUUCAAAAAGCAGCAGACUUUCCCAUGCUACUAUGACCCCGGAGGAACGCAGACCAGUGUCAUUCUAAGCAGACUCUACGCCCCAAAAGGCCUCCUCUUUGCUUUCCUUUGGCCUACACUCAUGUUUACUGGUGGAUGUCUGAUUAUUGUUCUGGUAAAAAUUAGUCAGUAUGUUUCCGUUCUUUCUGCUUGGCAGUAGAAAAUAAGUGUCUUGUGUAGAUUGUUGCAAGAUAUUAAAGUGCCUUUGUUCUGCCUGUC